GCCAUCUACGUGUAAUCUUUUGUAAUACUUUGAAAAACUUUUCCGUUUCUCAGUUAGCUCUCACCUUCGCUUGAGUCAAGUUGGUAAGUUGAAAGUCAAACUUUAACAAUGAUAUUCAUAAAGAACAAAGAAGUAGUAUGGCAUAUACACAAAUAUUUUAAUUUGUCUAAAUGGGCGUUUCAACCUGAUAGAAUGACAAAACGUUUAUUUUUGUAAAGUAUAUUCUAGUAAACAACUUUUUAUUACAGAAAAAAUGCCUUCUGACGGGCAAUCCUACGUGAUUUUCCAACGUGUUGGAACACUUCCAGUUGUGGCUUCUGCUUUUGGUUCCAUAUCCACGUUCUAUCAACGAACUAAAGAUUCUUCAUCUAUCGUUAGAUUUACUUUAGAAAAAGCUGAAACUGGGGUUUCGGCAGUUGCUAAAACUGCUGCUCCAGUUGUUAACAAGCUAGAGAAGCCUAUUUGUAAGCUAGAUGAUUAUGCAUGCUCUAAGUUGGAUGUGAUUGAAGAAAAGUAUCCAAUUAUCAAGGCUGCCCCAAAUGAGCUUAUCUCAGAAACUUACAAGGCUUAUGGAGUAGUCAGGAAAUAUGGAGCAGAUAAACUUGGAUCUUUCAUUCCAAGAGUCGAUCCCGUUUUAGCAUAUGCAGAUAAAACGGUUGAUUAUUAUAUGCCUGCGGAAGAAUCAGAUAUCCAGGAACCAAAGGAAAAGUCAGAUGAGAUUGUUAAAACUAAAGAUAGAGUUGCUGCAAUUUCUUCUAAAGUUCGUCAAAGAAUGUUUUUGCGAGCUAUGAAUCAAGUGAAAAGUGUGAAGAAGAGAUCCCAAGACGCUGUUGACCGUUUGACACAUACCGUAAAUUUAAUAGAAUACGCGAAAGCCUUCGACGGUAAAGUACGUCAUGUGUGGAGUGAAAUUCAAAAGGACGAAGAAACUGAUAAAAAGGAAGACGAAGAAAAAACUGAGAAAAAGGAAAACGAAACGAAUACGACCUCAAAAGUUAUCGAAAAGAGAAUAAUUGUCACCUGUCGUCAAAUUAGAAGAACGGUAACCUGGUUUUCUCCAACUCAGUUUGUCCCAUCCUCUGUUUAUGUACCCUUUGAGAAAACCAGAAAAGUAACUGAUGACUUUGUGCUCUCUCUUCUGAAGACUCUGCGUAUGGACGAAUUACCCCAUAAAGUUCUUCAGAACUCUAAAGAUGGCCUCGUAAAAGUACAUGAGAAUCUCAGUUAUGUUACAGAUUAUGUUCUCCAUUUCAUCAUACCUUACUAUAAUAUGGAGAACGUCAACCAGAUGGGCGAUAUUGACUAUCGUCCAGAGCUCAACGGAUAUGCGUACACUGAAAUACGUUACGUUCCUGUUCAAUAA